AGGUACUAUAAAAUGGUGUCCAAAGCAGUAUUACUAUUAUUAGUUGUUAUUCCUUUAGCAUAUUGCAGAAUCUAUGACAAAUGUACUUUGGCGCGUGAAUUACUUCACGUUUACAAAUUCCCUCGUAAACAAAUUCCAACUUGGAUUUGCAUUGUCCAACAUGAAUCACAAUUUAAUACUGCUGCCAUAAAUACCCAAUCUCAUGAUAAUGGCCUGUUCCAGAUUUCUCAAUUAUAUUGGUGCGAUCCACCAUCCCAUCCUCAAGGUUGUCAUGUAUCUUGUGACAGAUUAAGAGACGAUGAUAUCCACGAUGAUGUUCAAUGUGUAAGAAAAAUAUUUAACGAAUUCCAAAGAAUCAACGGUAAUGGUUUUAAAGCGUGGACAACCUAUACUCAAUAUUGUAGGGGAAACAAUGAUUGGAUUAUCAAUGAAUGUAACUUAUAAAGACUGUUAAUUAUGCAUACCUUUAUGAUUAUAAAAUUUUACCAAAUUAAAUUUUAAUAAAUACCUUUUAAUUGU